AUGGAGAAAAGGAAAAUACAGAGAGACGGAGAGACCGACAGAGAGACGGAGAGACCUACAGAGAGACGGAGAGACCGACAGAGAGACGGAGAGACCUACAGACAGACGGAGAAACCGACAGAGAGACGGAGAGACCUACAGAGAGAAAGAGAGACCAACAGAGAGACCGAGAGACCGACAGAGAGACGGAGAGACCUACAGAGAGACGGAGAGACCGACAGACAGACGGAGAGACCUACAGAGAGACAGAGAGACCUACAGAGAGACGGAGAGACCUACAGAGAGACGGAGAGACCGACAGAGAGACGGAGAGACCGACAGAGAGACGGAGAGACCGACAGAGAGACGGAGAGACCGACAGAGAGACGGAGAGACCUACAGAGAGACGGAGAGACCUACAGAGAGACGGAGAGACCGACAGAGAGACGGAGAGACCUACAGAGAGACGGAGAGACCUACAGAGAGACGGAGAGACCUACAGAGAGACGGAGAGACCGACAGAGAGACGGAGAGACCGACAGAGAGACGGAGAGACCUACAGAGAGACGGAGAGACCUACAGAGAGACGGAGAGACCUACAGAGAGACGGAGAGACCGACAGAGAGACGGAGAGACCUACAGAGAGACGGAGAGACCUACAGAGAGACGGAGAGACCUACAGAGAGACGGAGAGACCGACAGAGAGACGGAGAGACCUACAGAGAGACGGAGAGACCGACAGAGAGACGGAGAGACCGACAGAGAGACGGAGAGACCGACAGAGAGACGGAGAGACCUACAGAGAGACGGAGAGACCGACAGAGAGACGGAGAGACCGACAGAGAGACGGAGAGACCGACAGAGAGACGGAGAGACCGACAGAGAGACGGAGAGACCUACAGAGAGACGGAGAGACCGACAGUGUGAACCGGUUGGCUGUUCGGCCUGAACUCGACAUUCUAUGGCUUAUCUGAUUGCUCGCUGAGAACUUGACAUUCUAUGGUUGACCCUCCUAUUGGCUGUUGCCUCAAUAACGACCCAGAAUCCUCCUGGGAGAAUAGAGGGUUCCUCGAUGGAAUAGUGACUGGUUCUCUCUGGUCUGCCUCUUCAACAGACUUGGCUGUCAGAUGGGAAGGACCUUUGCCAGAACCAAGAUCCCUACUUCCGUCCAUCCCUCUCUCCCUCACUUCCACCUCUCUCCCCUAACUCAGCUACUGCAGGUUGUCUCUUAAAUGCUGCACAUCCGUUCAUCCCAUCCAUCUGCACCACUCAGGAUAUAGCUAAGACUGUCUGAAGGGAAAGAGAAAAGAGAGAGCGAGAGAAGAGACUGAGAGAGGAGGCAGGGAUUUGCCACACCGCAGGGCUUCGUCUGUCCUGACCUUGCCUGUGUUGCUCUGUUCCACUUACCUUGGUGAUUAUUGAUGACUUGAUGCAGCGGCAUCCCCAUACACACACACACACACACACACACACACACACACACACACACACACACACACACACACACACACACACACACACACACACACACACACACACACACACACACACACACACGGCUGGAAAAGCUGCCAUGAAACACCUCCCAAACCACUCCCCACAGAUUACAAUAACUGAACACAACACACAUUCUCCCCUACAAACCUCACGGUGUUGUGUUGUCUUUGCUAUUAGCCUCCCCAUGUUCUCAACUCUCCAGCUGUUCAGCAGGCUGGGUACGGGGCUGUCGCUGUGUGUUGAUUUGAUAGGGGUCUGGCUGGUUUCUGCGGGAACAAGCUAGUGAUGCCAUGCUACCCUACGACUCUCUCUCUCAAUUCAAUUCAAUUCAAGGGGCUUUAUUGACUUGGGAAACAUAUGUUAACAUUGCCAAUGCAAGUGAGGUAGAUAAUAUACAAAAGUGAAAUAAACAAUAAACAGUAAACAUUACACUCACAGAAGUUCCAAAAAAAUAAAGAUAUUGCAAAUGU